AUGGCUGCAGACGUCGGCUAUCCCGUUCGGGGUGGGCAGACGCUCUUGAUUGCAUACUUUCCUUGGGAAGCCUCUGAGGCGGACAUCGAAAGGGAAUUCUCAAAGUUUUGCCGAGUGAAGCGAGUCCAUUUGGUUGUGGAUAAGUCCUCCAGAAAGCCUCGUUGCUUUGGCUUCGUCAAAUUCCUCAGCAAGGCAGAUGCCGAGGAAGCUCUCCGAGCUACGACUUCAGGACUGGUGCAGCUGCCAGACACUCGAGGUCAUGUUUGGCACCUCAAGGCUGAGUGGACGAAGUCUGGGGACAUGGUGGUCGACGAUUCCGAAGCAGAACAGGAGGUUGCCAAGCGGAAAGAGGAGAGGCGGAGCCGCACCGACACUGCGGCUCCCGGACCAGCACCCCGCACCAGUUCGGGUAAGGGAAGCAGCCCGCCACCGAAGGGAGCCCUUCAUCCCUCAGUUCCGGCGCCGCUGCCCCCGCUGCAAACUCGCUAUCCCCCGCAGGCAGCAAUAGGCAUGCCGCCCCCACCAGCAGCGCUCCAGCACCCGCAUCAGCAGCACUCCCUGGCGCACUCGCAUGCUGUGCCACCAUUGCAACAGCCAUUGCCGCACCAAGGGCAGCUCUACGGGCAGCACAUGUACGGCAGCCAGGGGCAGCCACUGUAUGGCAACCAGGCAUCCAUCUAUGGAGGUGGGGUGCCAGUGGCACCGCUGGCACGCGAUCCAGCAGCAGUUGGCGGUGGCCUAGAUGCCGGGGCUGCACCGCCACUGCUUCGCGACAUCAACAGCUACGCGCAUGCUUCUGCAGCUGCUCAGCAGGCGGCUUAUCCGGGGUCUAGUUAUGCGGCCGCCGUUGCUGCUGCUGCAGCCCACGCACCAGGAUACCCGCCUGCACAGUCGCAGAGCUACGUGGGCACGGUGCUUGGAUUCCGCAGGAACGCAGCGUAUGCCGGAACUGGGCAGUACUCGGCUGCGGGUCAGCAGGCUGCCUACGCGGCGGGGCAGCAAGCCUAUCAAACCGCCGCUGCGACAGCAAGCAGUGCGGUGUACCCACCAGCAGGAGGAGCGUACCCACCACAGGCACAGUCUGGUUACGGUGCUCCACCCGGGUAUGGAGCAGCUGCACAGUACAGCCAGCAGCCCACAUCAUAUCCGACAAACCCAGCGACUGCGUAUGCUGCAGCGGGCUAUGGCCUUGGGCAAAGCCCGUACAACUACCUUCAGCAGCCUGGAUCUGGGGUGGUUGCCUAUGGAAGUUACCAGGGCGCGCAGAGCCAGGUUCCGCAAGCACAGCCACAGCAGUCGCAGCCACAUGUGCAGCCCUACACCCAGCCGCAGGCAGACCCAACUGUUGCGACUGGCAGUCUCGGGCGAGGGCCUGCAGCCACAGAUCAGCAGUCACAACAGCAAUACUUGGACAUGGUCUGGCAGCUAUCCGACAUGUCCUUGAAUGACAAGCAAUCGUUACCGGCACCUCCUGCACAGCAGCCGCCUGCGCCACCAGCAGAGCAUGUUCCCACAGCUAACUGGCAGCGCGAUGGUACUGCUGUGGCUGCAGCCGGGAGUUCCGCUGCGGUCUGGAACUCUUUCGACGAUGCUGCUGCCAAGGGCAUGGUGGAUGGCCUUGUGGGCGGAGACGAAGCAGGUGCUCCUCCACCUCUGCCACCACCUCCUCCCAGCUCCAAUACGGCCAUGUGGGGGUCUCACUGA